AUGGCAUCGCGUUUAACACUAUAAUUAUUAAAAAUUAGUGGCGCAAACGACAAUCAGAGAACGUUUUUAUUCGUCUCUAACACUCUCACAGGGGGCCUGCUUUUAAGUUGAAGCGUGUACUGGCUUAAGGAUUCACGCCAACACACGCUUCCACCUUCAGUCCCCCGGAACCUGCGCUUAUUUCAAAUAUGGAGGAAAGUGAGAGAGCAGUGGGAAGUGAUAGCAGCUCACACCGGUGCGAGCAAACUGGAAGUGUAAGCACGUGUACGGAGCAGAUCCCAGGCGAGAAGGAUCGCGGUGAUGUUGAGAAGAAACUGGAUGUUAGUUCGGAUCAGUUUGAUCCUCUGCUUGCCUUGUAUUCACCAGAAGUCCCUCUGCCGUAUCCGAACAUCAAGUGCUUUAACAACCUCGCCGAAUAUGAGAGUUUUAUGAAAGGCGGUCGUGGCAGAGCGAAACCUGAGAAUGUGGAGAAAAGGAUUCGGAAAGCGAAAAGAGGAGUCGCGGAUCCAGAGAGAAUCGAGAGGCUGAAACAGCUCAUAGUGAAGGUUCCGUGUGAAGAAGGAGACGAGGAGAGCGGCGGGAAGCGACAUGCUGCUGCUGCUGCACAACGCAAAGCUCCUAAAAAUGUUCUCACCAGGAUGCCGUUGCAUGAGGGAAGUCCUUUAGGAGAACUGAACCGCUGCGUCCAGCAGAGACUCCGAGUCCGAGUCCAUAUUCGUUCCUUCAAGGGUUUGAGAGGAGUGUGUAGCGGCUUCAUGGUGGCUUUCGACAAAUUCUGGAACCUGGCGAUGGUGGAUGUGGAUGAGACCUACAGAGAGCCCUUACUCGGAGACGCGUUUUACCACGAAAAAGCAUUGACCGUUACAAGGCUGUUUCAAAAGUUGCAAGUUCAGUCUGCGGCUGGGAAAGAAGCAGAAGCGGAGACUUCAAGGGCAAACAACCCGAGCGCUGAUGCUGGUUUAAAGCAGAAGGUGCCUAAGCCGAGAGUGGAGUAUGGACGAGUGCGUACUCGGCACGUCAAUCAGCUCUUUAUCCGUGGGGAAAACGUUCUUCUCGUGCAUAUUCAGUGAGAGUUGCAGCAGUGGUUAUGUGGCAUCGUUAACUGGUUCUCAUGGAGGACAGAAGGACAGGAGCUGAGUCUUCUUAUUGUAUCAUAUUGAUAUGAAAGUAAUCCUACUUGUAAAAGUGGAGGAUAUAAAUAAAUCAAAUUCACACUUUGCAAUAAUUUGCAAGUGCUCACCAUAUUCAGAUGCCUCCACUAGAUGGUGCUAUGAGACCGAUAUGACCAGCUUCUUCACAGCUGCGAUUAUCUGCUUUUCUUUGUCUAAUAUUACCAAGAAUGUGUCUACCUCAAUUUUCUUUCUUUAUAAAAAUAAAGAAAUACAAGCUUGUCUUUGCAACUUGAA